AUGGAGAAAGGGAGACGGGAAGAAUGGUGCUGGCUUCUCCUGCCCACCAGCCUUUCCACCUGCAUUGCAUUCCUCAACCCUACCUUUCAGAACGUGUUACCACGCUGUUACGAACCGAAAAAAGUUGGUCGAUGUGCUGCGUUUCUGCCCCGCUUCUUCUACAACCAAACCAUGGGGCAUUGUGAGUAUUUUAUCUACAGAGGCUGCCAGGGAAAUGGAAACAGGUUUUCCACUCUUGAGGAGUGCCAGGAGAUCUGCCGAAAAGGAGGCGGAGCACGCUGUUACGAACCGAAAAAAGUUGGUCGAUGUGCUGCAUAUCUGCCCCGCUUCUUCUACAACCAAACCACGGGGUAUUGUGAGUAUUUUAUCUACAGAGGCUGCCAGGGAAAUGGAAACAGGUUUUCCACUCUUGAGGAGUGCCAGGAGAUCUGCCAAAGAGGAGGUGAAGAAAACCCAUGAGAGCGAUGCAGAGUCUGCAGCCCCAGCAAUACAGGUUUGAUCCAGCUUCCUGUGGCU